AGAAGAAGAAGAGAGAGAGAAAGAAGCAGACAAAGAAUGGUCCUUUAUUAGAUUUCAAUUCAUUUCAGAUGUCAACAAGUCAACUUCUUUUGUUUUCCCCUCACUCACUGAGACAAUUAUCUUCUUCUUCUUCUUCUUCUUCUUCUUCUUCUUCUUCACACUUGUGUUUUUAGUAAAGGAAGCCCUUGUCUGAAAUGGACCCAGAUGAUGUUUCUAAUAAUCGCAAGGAGUUUCGACGCGAUUGUGCUGGUGGUUGUGCGAGGUAUAAAUUGAUGUCUCCGGCGAAACUUCCAAUCUCAAGAUCGUCUUGUAUCACUAUCCCUCCUGGGUUAAGUCCUACUUGGUUUCUCGAGUCUCCUGUACUUCUCUCCAACAUCAAGGCAGAACCUUCUCCUACUACUGGUUCAUUGUUCAAGCCUCAAGCUGUUCAUGCUAGUUCGAGUCCCUAUAGAGGGAGUACAAUUCAUCAGAAUAUCUUUCAAGAGCAGCACUCUACCGAUUUUGAGUUUAGACCUCCUCCUGCAUCCAAUAUGUUCUGUGCAGAGCUAGACAAGCGUACAAGUGAAUCGCCACUCCAGUUUCAAAGCCAUUCUUUAAAACACUCACCAUCUUCACUCACUGAGGUUGCAGCUUCCUCAACUGAGAUAAGUCGACCUCAUCAGACAACACCAUCAGUGUCUGAUAUUCCCGAGAGAUCUGAUCCAGAUGAAUCAGCUCAGACAUCUCAAAACGAUUCCAAAUCAAGUGCACCGUUUAUCUUGGCUGAUGAUGGCUAUAACUGGAGAAAGUACGGUCAAAAACAUGUCAAAGGAAGUGAAUUUCCACGGAGCUAUUAUAAGUGCACACAUCCUAAUUGUGAAGUGAAAAAGCUAUUCGAAAGGUCUUAUGAUGGACUCAUAACUGAGAUUAUAUACAAAGGAACACAUGACCAUCCUAAACCUCAACCCAGUCGGCGAAACUCAGGUGGUCUUGUUAUGCCUGCACAAGAAGAAAGACUGGACAAGCAUUCUUCUUUAGACGGCCGAGAUGAGAAAGGAUCUAGCUUCUACAACUUGCCUCCUCCUCUUGAGCAAAACGGUAAUCCAGAUGUAUCUCCUGUCUCUGCAAAUGACGAUGGUGGAGACGUUGCAAUGUCAGAUAAGAACAACGAUGACAUGGAUGACAAUGAUCCAUUCUCAAAACGAAGGAGGUUGGAUGGGGCAAUGGAAAUAACUCCACUUGUUAAACCAAUAAGAGAACCUCGCGUUGUUGUUCAAACUCUGAGUGAAGUUGACAUAUUGGAUGAUGGUUAUAGGUGGCGUAAAUAUGGCCAGAAAGUCGUAAGAGGCAACCCUAAUCCCAGGAGCUAUUACAAAUGCACGGCUACUGGAUGUCCAGUGAGAAAACAUGUGGAGAGAGCGUCACACGAUCCAAAAGCUGUUAUAACCACAUACGAAGGCAAACACAAUCACGAUGUACCAACAGCAAGGUCGACCAACAACAAUCAUGACAUGUCAGUGCCCACAUUCAGACCAGAAGAGACCACUGACACAAUCAGCCUCAACUUAGGUGUUGGAAUCGCAUCUGGCGGUCCUGACCAUCCAUCAAACGAGCAUCCACAUCCGCAUCAGCAGCAACAACAACAACAUAUUCGUUCUGAAUUUAUACACCAAACUCAAACCAAUGGAACUGCUGGAUUCAGGUUUGUUCAUGGACCUCCCAUGGGAUCCUACUAUGGCAAUAGCUUAAACGCCGGUAUAAAUCAUCAAUAUAACGGAUCAAGAGAAACAACACACGAGGCUCAAACAGGUGACAUCUCUUCUUCUUCUUACCCAUCUCCACAUAACAUAGGGAGAAUACAAUCUGGUCCCUAGAUGAGAGUGGUCUCCACAAGCCAACAACCAUAGUAUCACAAAAAGGCUCCUUACUUCCAUUCUUUAUCUUAAUUCUUCUUAGGUUAGGAAUGGAAUAACUUUCUUCUCUGUAAUAUAUGAUCUAUAUUUGACACACUAAGAUAGAGAGUGAGAGAUAGAGAUACUACUGGUCUUAAUCUCCCAACAUAUUUGUAAAAAAAUACACAAAUCUUUAAAAUGUAUUCAAGUACAUCUCCUCUUGUUUUUUUUU